AUGAACCAAACGACUAUCUACAAAAUCACUCAAAUGCAAGAACAAGUUUCCCAACUCGAACAAAAACCCGAAUCACAGACUCAAAUAUUUCUUGAAGCAGCUCAACAAGCAAGAGAAGGCGGUGUUGCCAACACUCUUAAUCUAAACUUGAUGGGCUUUUGGGACAUUCCUAGAGUACUUGAGGAAGCAACAAAAGCAUUCGGCUCUCAUGGAUAA